AUGCCCACCCCCAGCGCAGCCUCGCCGCAGGCCAAGGGCUUCCGCCGGGCCGUCUCCGAGCUGGACGCCAAGCAGGCCGAGGCCAUCAUGUCCCCGCGCUUCACCGGGCGGAGGCAGAGCCUCAUCCAGGACGCGCGGAAGGAGCGGGAGAAGGCCGCGGCCGCAGCCGAGCCGGGGGAGCUGCUGGAGGCCGGGGUGGAGCAGCGGGACGGCCGGGCCCGGCUCAGCCUGCUCUUCACCCCGCGGGGCGCCCAGCCGGCCGCCCUGGCCCGCGUGGUGCAGGCCUUCGAGACCUUUGACACCAAGAUCCACCACCUGGAGACGCGGCCGGCGCAGAGGCCGCGGGCGGGGGGCCCCCACCUGGAGUACUUUGUCCGGUGCGAGGUGCCCAGCAGGGACCUGCCCGCCCUGCUCAGCUCCGUGCGCCGCGCGGCGGAGGACGUGCGUGGCGCGGGGGAGCACAAGGUCCUCUGGUUCCCGAGGAAGGUCUCCGAGCUGGACAAGUGCCAGCACCUGGUCACCAAGUUUGAUCCUGACCUGGAUCUGGACCACCCGGGCUACUCUGACCAGGCCUACCGCCAGCGCCGCAGGCUGAUCGCGGAGAUCGCCUUCCAGUACAAGCAUGGUGACCCCAUUCCCCGCGUGGAGUACACGGCCGAGGAGAUCGCCACCUGGAAGGAGGUCUACAGCACCCUGCGGGGCCUCUACGUCACCCACGCCUGCCGCGAGCACCUGCAGGCCUUCGAGCUCCUGGAGCGCUUCAGCGGCUACCGCGCCGACAGCAUCCCGCAGCUGGAGGACGUGUCCCGCUUCCUGAAGGAGCGGACCGGCUUCCAGCUGCGGCCCGUGGCAGGCCUGCUGUCCGCCCGGGACUUCCUGGCCAGCCUGGCCUUCCGCGUGUUCCAGUGCACGCAGUACAUCCGCCAUGCCUCCUCGCCCAUGCACUCCCCCGAGCCGGACUGCUGCCAUGAGCUUCUGGGCCACGUGCCCAUGCUGGCCGACCGCACCUUUGCCCAGUUCUCCCAGGACAUUGGCCUCGCGUCCCUGGGGGCGUCGGACGAGGAAAUCGAGAAGCUGUCCACGCUGUACUGGUUCACCGUGGAGUUCGGGCUGUGCAAGCAGAACGGCGAGGUGAAGGCCUACGGCGCGGGGCUGCUGUCCUCCUACGGGGAGCUCCUGCACUCGCUGUCCUCGGAGCCCGAGGUACGGGCCUUCGACCCCGAUGCCGCGGCCGUGCAGCCCUACCAGGACCAGACGUACCAGUCCGUGUACUUCGUGUCCGAGAGCUUCGGCGACGCCAAGGACAAGCUCAGGAGCUACGCCUCUCGCAUCCAGCGUCCCUUCGCCGUCAAGUUCGACCCAUACACUCUGGCCAUCGACGUGCUGGACAGCCCCCGGGCCAUCCAGCGCUCCCUGGAGGGCGUCCAGGACGAGCUGCACGCCCUGGCCCACGCGCUGAGCGCCAUCAGCUAG